CUGAUUUUUUUCCUGCCUUGUUUUGUUUCUUGGCUUGGAGUGCAACUUGAUAAAAGCAUAAGCUGUUUUUCUGCCUUCUUUUGUUUAUUGUUUUGGGAGUCCUUCAAUCAACACCGAAUUAAAAGAAAUUUAGUUUCAAUUUCAUUUCUAUCCACUCAUUUAGAUAUAAGUUUAUUGGAAUUUGGAAAUUACGUGAAGAUAAAACAUUUUGGAGCCCUGUGUCAUGUCUGAAUCCGUCGCUUCUGUCAACUCCACGAUUAUUUUGGAGGUCAUUGUCUUAAAAGACGUUAUCUUUGGGUGUUCAUGCGUUCCAGUCUAUGAUGUAAAUUGUUACCCUUGCAAUGGAAUUUCAUUAUAUAAACCCACCAAGGACGCUUGGCCGGCAUAUCAACUCUCUUCCUGGUACCAUUUCCAAUAGAAUCCUAAUCCUCCAACGCCAUGGAUUCAGCGAACCCCAAAUUGGAACCUUGGUCUUCCGGACUUUGCGACUGCUUCUCUGACUGCUCCACCUGCUGCUUGACGUUUUGGUGUCCAUGCAUCACUUUUGGACGAGUUGCUGAGAUUGCAGACCGAGGAUCUACUUCUUGUCCUACAGCGGGAGCACUUUAUCUUCUGCUUCAUGCGUUCACUGGUUUAACACUUUGCUUCACUUUUUCAUUUUGCUACACUUGCUUUUAUCGCAAAAGGAUGCGGCAGCAGUUCAAGCUAGAAGAGACCCCUUGUUGCGACUGCUUGGUUCAUUGUUUCUGCGCGCCCUGUGCCUUUUGUCAAGAAUAUCGCGAGCUCAAAAGUCGUGGAUUUGACAUGCCUAUUGGAUGGCAUGGUAAUAUGGAAAGGCAAAAUCGGGGAGUGGCCAUGGAAGCUGUUCCUCCUUUUGUGGAAGGUGGCAUGAAAAGGUAGAAAAUCUUCUGCGGGAGAAAUGUAUUAUAUUUCUUAAGUUAAUUUUAAUUUUAAAUAUUUAAUUAGUUAU